GGCAUGGCUGAGCCGGCCGGUGGUUUCGUGACCCCCGCGGGAUGGUUUUCGGCUCCCGAGCUGGUCCCCACGUUGGGACCUCUGAGCGACACGGCCUCGCUGCCGCACAAAUGGAUGCUCUGGGCAAUGUUGCCGCCGCCGCCGCCUCCACCGCCUUCGUCGUCGGCUCCCGCAGCAGGGUCAGAGCCUUCCUCACAGGCGCAGCCCCCCGUGGAGACCCAGGUUCUUCCCGCGGCUCAGACCCUCUUCGACACGCAGUCCCGCCUUGAUUCUCAGCCUCAAAUCAACGGCCAGCCUUCCUGGAGUUUCCAGCCUGCGACAUCGUGGCACUGGAGACAGUCUCCUGGCAGUUUUCCUCUGCAUCAGAAAUCCCACAACACUCCGGUUACACAUUCUUUUUUUCCACAAAAAUAUGAUGCAAAGUUUACUGACUUCAACUUCCCUCCCAGUAGAAAACAUAAAAAAAAGAAAAGAAAAGAACCAGUUUUUCACUAUUUUUGUGAUACCUGUGAUCGUGGUUUUAAAAAUCAAGAAAAAUAUGAUAAACACAUGUCUGAACAUACAAAGUGUCCGGAAUUAGAUUGUUCUUUUAGUGCACAUGAGAAGAUUGUCCAAUUCCACUGGAGAAAUAUGCAUGCUCCUGGUAUGAAGAAGAUCAAGUUAGACACUCCAGAGGAGAUUGCAAGAUGGAGAGAAGAAAGAAGAAAAAACUACCCAACUCUGGCCAAUAUUGAAAGGAAGAAAAAGUUAAAACUUGAAAAGGAAAAGAGAGGUGCAGUAUUGACAACGACGCAGUAUGGUAAGAUGAAGGGAAUGUCCAGACAUUCACAGAUGGCAAAGAUCAGAAGUCCUGGCAGACAUUGCAAAUGGAAAAAUGACCGUGCUGGGCAGAGAGCAGCUACUGGAUCAGACAAUCGUUUGUGUGAUUUGAAACAUGAAGGUCCACCCAAGGCUAAUGCAGACCCUCUGAGUGUCUUGGUAAAUACUGAUUCUGAGUCUGAUAAAGAGGAAAAACCACAAAGUACUGUCAUACCCAAAGAAGUGACACCAGCCCUGUGCUCACUAAUGAACAGCUAUGGCAGUGUCUCAGGGUCAGAGAGUGAGCCAGAAGAAGCUCCCAUUAAGACUGAAGCAGACAUUCUGGCGGAAGACCAGGUUCUUCAUAGCGAUACUCCCAAAACAACUGUUAGAAAUUUCUCAGAAGCUAACUGUGAGAGCCAAAAGAAAAGUUUGAAAAAGACAAACCCUAAGAGGAAAAAAGAUUAUCACAACUAUCAUACAUUAUUUGAACCAAGAACACAUCAUCCAUAUCUCCUGGAAAUGCUUUUAGCUCCAGACAUUCGGCAUGAAAGAAAUGUGAUUUUGCAGUGUGUUCGGUACAUCAUUAAAAAAGACUUUUUUGGACUUAAUAGUACUUCUACAAAAACUGAAGAUGUGUAGGUGUCUGGUAUUUCAGCACUCAUAACUGAAGCAUGUAAAAUAGUGCCAUGCUCAAGUUAGUGGAGGAAAACUUAUUUUUAAACUGGAUUAAUAAUUAAAUGGUAAGCUUCAUGUGAUACUACGUUGGAUUUUCAGAUCUUUCCUAUGAACCUAUGCAAAUAAAUAUGUAGCUCAUUUUUAAGACUGUGUCUUUAUUGUUGGUAUUGAACAUGAUGUUUGCUGGCAGAAUUCUUUUUAUUUGUAUGUAUU